GGCACUUCACCCGAAUCCUAAAAGACAGACCGAAUAAUGACAUACCUAGCAGACAGUCAUAGCUUUCUCCUACCGGAAGAGUUCUUUGAAUCCUUUCACCAAGGAGAUUUCACAUCUUCAACCCGAGUCACUUACCGUCCUGAAGACAAUAUCUCGUCCAACCCAGUGAUUACGACUGGUGCCUUUCUUCGCCUCAGCACCGGCGACUCAGGGGGGUUGGAACCAUUAUUGUUGAUACAAUUUGUUCGGCCGAAGGUUUGGAGAAUUCGGUUCGACCCCAACAGCACCCACCCAGGCGACUACGAUGACUACAAUUCGUAACUCACCACCUCCCAGUGCCUGGAGAACGAGUUCCUUUUCAUACCCAUUCAUAGGUCGAAGAGGCUCACAUAACGCAUAGGCGGACCAUCAUAUCAGAUACCUUGACGAACCUCCGCGAUAUCCUAGACAAGGUGGAGGGUAUUGAGUGGGAGACGGAAUUCAUUGCGGGGUCCGAAACUGACCAAUUCUAUAUUCUUAGGGUAUCUCCUAGACCCUCUUAAAGCCUUAAUGGCCUUGUACAAUGGAUGCUUACCCCAAUCCACAGUCCGUACUCUAUGGAAACGAUGCAGAACCUCGGGAAAGGACAACUAUCUCUGAAAUAUUGGUGUAUAAGGAGUGCUUCAAAAUUCAGGUAUUUCUCACAUUUGUGGCAAUACUCUCAAUUUUAGUUUGACUUAUGGUGCCACUUCUAGGUUGUUCGCUGCGUCAAUGAGUCUGGAGUAGCAGAUCCCCCAGAUUCACAGGGCGCACAGAAGGCACUUCACUCGCAGAGGAAAAUUGUUUGGGAAACCGCCGGGGUUGGUUUGUCAUGGAAAAAAACUGGGACAGCCGCCGCAACUGUCCUAACCUCCAAAAAGCCUGGCCUUGCACGCUACAUGGGUAUGUUCUCGUAGGAGUUCCGGGCUCUAAUGUGCAGGGAAAUAUCUGGAUUUAAUAGAGCUUGGUUGCUAAUGGGUAUAUGCUUGAAGGAUGGGGAGAGCAGGGAGGGAAAGAGCUAUUGAAAAAAAGCACGCUUAUGAACUAUUUCAGUAGGUUCCUGUAAAACAUCUACUCGUAUCCUACCGGGGCUGAUAUUAUCGCUAGACUUCGAUAACAUGACAUAUAGUAGUGUCUACGGCCAGGGACCACUUGACGAGCGCGAACCCUUAUAUCACUCGGAGCCGUUCUGGCUGGAACUCAAUGGAUUGCCAAAUUAUAAGAGCCAGGUGGCGACCUUUGUUGAUAACUAUUCCCAGAUAUGUGUGGAUUUCUGUGUGAAUCAUGGAGGUGAGAUUAAUGUCGGCACCCGGUUUGGACCAUUGCAGUACUUCGUCUUUGCGGGAGAUUCCGUGGCUGAAAUCAUUUAGUAAGCUCAGAGAUCUCACUGUAGGGGCUCACUUUAUUAAGAAUCCUGUGGGGAACAGUCUUUAUAGUUCAAUAAUUGGGCGAGCUCGAUUGAAGCCACGAUAUGUGCUCGGGCAUCAUCAGGGGUGUAUGUCCGAACCCCCCCCCCCCCCCGGCCUCAUAAACUCACUUUGGGACAUGCGGAGAGUAUCUAAUAUCGGGGGUCAACCAGGCUACGGAUACGAUACUCGCAAUAAGGUCCUCAAAGCAGCUUACGGUUAUGUGGAUCGAGACAUACCUCUGGACGGAAUACACAUAGAUGUUGACUUACAAGUGAGUAAUCCCAUUUUAUUCCCUUCUAUAGCCCAAGUUAUUGAUACAGAAUCCAUUUGGGAUAGGAGGAUUAUCGAACCUUCACAAUAGAUUCUGAGAGAAGGUUUGCCCGUCCAAGAGAAAUGUUUAACGAGCUCCGGGGGCUUGGGAUCAAGAGCUGCACAAACAUCACGCCGGUGAUCAAUCUGAACCCAAGUGAUACAUAUAAUACCCUACAAGAAGGCCACAAACAUGGGUAUACCACACAAUCAGUAUGACGGAAAUUUGAUCUAACUGCUCUAUCGCAGCCAUUUCAUAAUGGAUAAGCGCUACGACGAUGGUAGUGGUGUGGUGCCGGUGCAUAAAGUCGAAUACAUCUGCUACGAGGGAGGGGUAAAGCUAUUCAUCGAUCCUGUUAAUGAGACAGGGCAGUUCCCAGGAGCCGAAUAGUGAGCCUGAUGAUCCCAUCUUCCAACAUAUCACCCAUUUGCUAACCCUCUACGUGUAAAGUGAUUUCACCCAGUACUACAAUAACCCAAAACUGGCUUAUCGCGGCGGUGUAGGAUACGGUGGAACGCUGGGUGCGGUGGGUGCUCAAAUCAUACUGCACUUCUUGGCAUUCACGAGCUGAUGAUAGCAAGCCCGGGCACUACCCGAACCUGAAUAAUGCCAAUACCCGGAAGUGGUGGGGGGAGCAAUAUAAAUAUCUUUUCGAUCAUGGCCUUGAGUUUAUUUGGCAAGACAUGACGACGCCAGCGAUAGCCAAAGAAUAUGGUGACAUGAAAGGGUAUAUAAAUAGAUAGCUCCUUCCUACUACAUUUGGCACAAUUAACUAACCGGGGAGCUUCUAGCCUUCCAUUCCGCCUCAUGGUGGAAUCAGACUGCUGGUCAGGAAAGGACGAUUCGCCAGAACAAAUGAAGCCAGCUAUCGAGAUUUGGUCAUUGUACAGCUACAAUCUGCACAAGGCUACGUACGAAGGCCUGAACAAACUUGAAAGCCGGAAGGGUAGGCGCAACUUCAUCAUUGGCCGUGGAAGUUAUGCCGGAGCGAAUAAGUGGGCUGGUUUAUGGACUGGUGACAAUGCUUCGACCUGGGACCACCUGCAUAUCUCUGUUAAUCAAGUUUGUGAAAGCAGUCCCUUUACCACCAAUAUCGCUUUAUUAACUAACCCAAUCAUAGGUGCUUUCGCUGGGAAUUUCCGGGAAUGAAAUAGUAGGAACUGAUGUCGGAGGCUUUAUGCCUGCGGGUGGGUUUGAUACUAGCACGGGUGGGAGAUGGGCGGAACCUGAAUUACUCAUUCGUUGGUACUGCGCAUACUCAAUGCUGCCAUGGUUCAGGUAAGCCGGUAGCCCGAAUGGCUAAGUUUACGGAUUGCCCCUGACUCCGGUAUAGAAACCACUACCACGGGAAGAGAGGAAUGAAGCUAUUCCAGGAGCCCUAUGCUUUCACGGACCACUUUAACUCAAAUCCGUCCGGUGUCCCCGAGAAAGAUCGUUACCUUUGGCUUUCAGUGGAGCCUAUCUGCCGCUACUAUGUUAAGCUUCGGUACAGUUUAAUCCAGCUUCUGUAUGAUGCUAUGUUUGAGCAUCAGUUUAAUGGAUUACCUAUUGCGAGGUCGCUGGUUAUUACAGACAGCGAAGAUUCAUCUUUGCUGGGUGAGGUAAGUCUCGAAGCUCCAAAUGUGCAGCCCCAAAAGCUUACCGAUACUCUAGCAAGAUUGGGUGCUCGAUAACGAAUAUAUGGUUCGAAAUGACCUUCUUGUAUGCCCGGUUAUGCACCAACAGUCCGUUGCUGGAGGUCAUCGUUCAAUCUACCUUCCACAGCCAGAUGGCUGGUAUAAGUUCAAUCUAAGGAUUGAUAAUGACGGCCCUCGUCAUCACGGAGUACCGCUGGGGGAGCGUAUUCCCGGAGGAUCAAAGUUCGAAGUCGAUGCACAUAUAGCGAGUGAACCUGCAUUCCUUCCGAACAUUACACCAAUGUUUGUGAGAGAGGGUAUGUGCCCCCUCCCCAAACGGCAGCGAUUCUGCGCUCACCGUAAUUUCUCUGGUAAUACAGGUGGGAUUAUCCCACAGAUCGAAGUCCGCCAACACACAGACCACAUACCCGGGAAAGUAAACCCAAUCUUCAUUCACCUCUACCCAGGCAGAAAGACCAAUGUACGCCACAAUUCGUACACUCGCUCCCCGAAGCUUGGCAACACUAACUUUCGAUCCCUAGUGCUACAGCAUGUUCCUCGACGAUGGCGUCAGCCGCGAUAGUGCACCAAACGCAUACAUAGACGGGGAGAAUGUAAUAAUGACAUACGUAGGCAUAGACGAGGGUAGGGGCCGUUUUGCGGACGUAGACACAGACCCAGAAGCGAGAAAUAAAUUCCGCGAGAUCGUGUUUGAGCAAGUAUGUCACCCCAGCCCCCUGCAUCUCUCUUGCAUUGUGUUAAUGCUAAGGUUGAUAAACCCAACAGUCAUUCAACCUUCAAGAGGGAACCCGCACACUCACAAUCACUGUUCUCAGAGAUAACUUCGACCCAUCAGAUUACAUUGGGAAAGUGCUGACUCUAGUAUUUUGGCAUGAACCGGCGAAUUCACAGGAGAGGAGUCAGGAGGUGAGAUACGAGGGAUAUACCGGCACGCACCAUCAUUGCCAUCACGAGAAGCACAACAAUACGGUCGUACGGCUUUCGCUUUCCAGUGAUUUGAAUAAGUGCCGGAAGGUUAUGGUUGUUCUUGGGAUGUGAGUGGGGGUGGCGGAUGUGGGCGGUUGCUUUGGCUAGUGAUAGUUGGCGAAUUUGAUAACCCUGUUUUGAUUUUGG